CUAAAAUCAUUUUGGAAGGAGUGUAAUAAUGUUUGGACAAUGUCUCAGUCUUGGACAAAGGAAUUGAACUAAGCAAAGACGAAGCAGGUACAUCGAAGUGGAAAAAACGUUCGCCAAAGCAAAUGAACAGGUCUUAUAGAUUGGCAAUGCUGCAUUUCUAGACAGCUGACGGUGUCAUUAAUGUUAUUACAUCUUCAAAAUUUUGACAUUUCAAGAUUUUUUGGGUCGUGUUUUGAUUGUGCCUUUUUUUCUAAGGAUAGAAAAUACGUUUUUACUUACCAAUGCUUUGAUAAAGCGAAAUAAUUUUCAAUGUUUUCGCUGUAGUUGAAGCCGGAAAAUGAGUGAAUCUCAGAGUCCAGUAUCUGAAAAAAUGGAUAUAUCUGAAAACUCCAAUACCUCUAGUCAAGAAAAUGAAGAUAAUAGUCAAGUCCUGAUACUUUCAGGCUCCACAAAAGAAGUGCUAGACAAUGCUCCCAAAAAUAAUUUGCAUGAAGAUAAUGAUUCAAAUAAAGAAAGCACUACCACAAUGAAUGCUACAAAUUCUCAUCCGUUGAUGAAGUCACCUUCGCCACCUUUAUCACCUGAUUUUCCUGAUCUGAUACCAGAAAAACCAAAGGCAAAACAUGCUAGCAAUUUUUUCACACCUAAUGCACAUAGUUCCUACGUGGAAAAUGAGACUAUUAAAUCCCAAGAAAAUGUGGAUUAUGAGUUGGACUUGGAAAAAUAUAAUGAAGAAUAUAGUAAAUUCUCAGAGUUUCCCAGAAGUCCGUCCCUCUUGAGAAAAAUAAUGCAAUAUGAACCCACAGAAAUGCUUCCUGAUGUUUCGAGUGACACUGAAAAUGACAAGUCUGCAUAUGAAGCACAUUUGAGCUCUAACUUUCAGCAUGCAUCUCUCACACUGAAUGCUAAAGAAGGGAACUUGAACUUUUUGGCUCACAAUAAAAGAAGCAAUAAAUUGAGAAGAGUUAAAGUACUGCCAAGGCAAAGCAGUGAGGAUAGUGAUGUUUCUUCUAUUGAAAGUCAUUCUGACAGCUUAAAGUCUGAGGAUGUAUUCAAUGGAGAAAGUGAAAACACAGAAGAGCCUGCUAGUAGCCCAACAGAACCAAUCGAACCCCUCUCAGCUGCCGAAGAGAGGCGACAUGCACGUCACUGGCAGCGUGCAGUACUACCGGGAGGGGAACAACGUACUAUCGACAUGCGGGUUAUAGAGCCUUACAAGAGGGUUCUUUCACAUGGAGGGUACCUUCGAGCUGGGGGCCAUACUGCAAUUGUACUAUUUUCUGCAUGUUAUCUUCCCGAUAGAUCCAGGGUUGAUUAUGAUUAUGUGAUGGAUAACCUCUUUUUAUAUGUAUUGUGGACAUUGGAAAGACUAGUAACAGAUGAUUAUGUCCUAGUCUACUUACAUGGUGGUGCCACAAAGCUACCUUCUUUUGGCUGGUUGAAGAGAUGUUAUCAUAUGGUUAGUCGAAAAUUGAGGAAGAAUCUCAGUCAUCUUUACAUUGUUCAUCCUACAUUGUGGAUCAAAACAAUGUUGUUUAUGGCAAAACCAUUUAUAAGUUCCAAAUUCUACAGGAAAAUAUCGUACAUAUCUACUCUGCGCGAGUUGACCGUACGAGUACCAAUUGAAAUAGCGGCCAUUCCCGAUAAAGUUAAAGCAUUCGAUAGUCUCCACGCGAAAGCGUAGUUAUAAGAAGUUGCGCCAAUAUAUAAAUACCUCAGUCACAUAUAACAAAUACAUAGAUAAUAAUCCAUGAGUAUAUAACUGACCAUCCUUUUGUUUCAAGUAGUACCCAAUCACUAUCAUAAAAUUGACAAAUACCAGUUGAUGAUUAUGAUGAUAAUGAUGCUGAUGUUAGUGAGAUAGUGGUUAGAAAAGAGAGAAAGAAAAGCGGGGAGAAACAAGCAGAAAAAAAUUGGUUUUAUGUCCCAAAAUUAUAGGACUUAUUUUGAUUUACGCAAUGCACUUGUUAGUGAUUGUACCUAAAGUUCUGCUUUUUUCAGUGACUGAUUGUCUAAUAUUCAUCUUGUAUGUGUAGCCAAAUUCCGUUGCUUAAACUUGAUUUUGCUGUUCGACGUAACAUAUGGCGAAAUUACUGUGUGGAAUUUGAUUUUCAAUGCCUUGUGCGCUUCUGACAUUAUCUCCUUAUGAGAGACACUAAUGUAUUUGAUACAGUUUUUCUGUGGUAAGCGAGCUCCAUCCUCUGAAACCUCAGACAAGGUGUAGCUACAUUUUUUUUAGUAUGGUAGCCUAUGUUUUCAAAUAAUUAAUUUUUAUGAGCUGGCCAUCUGGCCUUUUUAAUAUGUGAUCAACAGUCUUUAUAGCUUCAUCUAACUAGAUAUUGGAAUUGUCUUGAUUGCGCAUUGCAUAAUUUUAGACCAUAAAUGGUGGUCAGAUUGUAUACAACUUGUCAGCAACUAAACUUAAAGAAUAAUUUAUGUAUUUUUUGUCAACAUAUUACUUAUAAAAUACCAUAUAUCUUUUAAAAUGGACCUUAAUGGACGCCUGCAGGAGGGCCAGGAGGCCGCCCCCCAACAUCUGAGGAUCCGGCUGCCCCUAAAAUGCACAUAUUUAUCACAGUUUUGUGUAUCAUAUUGAAUAUUUUCAAGUUUUGACCAAACAGUUUCCUCUUGCCUGAGAAAAAUUCCUGUAGGCACCCAUGUGGACCUUGGUAGGUAUUUUCAGAGCUGGCAAGUUUACAUGGGAAAAUCUUGAUGUUAUAACGUACUUAAACCGAAUAUAGAUAACAUCGAAUUUUUUUAAUAUGCAUUUAUACCAACCCUUAUUUAGAUGCUACUUAGGUGGUGCAUGUACGUAUCGUAGAUACUAAUAUGUGGUGCUUAUUAGUUAUGUAGUAGUAUCAAUAAUGGUGUGUGGAACGAGUAUUAUCACAUUGUCACCCUACAUAUCAUUUAUUCUUUUGAGACCAUCAAAUUGUGCCAGACAAAUAACAUUUAUUUUCGUACCUGAAUUUAAGCUUCAUAUACAUCUCAUUUUUGUGAUCUGACUUAUUUGGAAAAAUGUUAAAAGCUGGAGCUUACUGUCUCUUAAAGAUGUAGGUUUAACAAAACAAUAAAACGUUAUUUUGCUGUAUUCCUACAAUGCUUAUAAUCGGCAUUAAAAAAAUGUUUUCAAAUACUUAGCAUCUACCUUGAUUAUAAAAUAUGCAUCAUAUGAAAGUAGCAAUUGAAGAGUAUGCCGGAACAACGUUCUAACCGCCAAAAGUUUAGUUUUGAGAAAAACGAAAAAACGCUUUUCUAUGUUUUACUCCCAAAUUAUAAAAAGAAAACAGGCAGGCUAUUUACUAAUAGGUAUUUUAAUAUAUUUGAGAAACACAACAUCUUUUUAUAAACCAUGUUUAACAAAUUAAGAGCCUUAGAAAAUAAAUUCCCUAAAACAACGUUAUAUAUACAUGUCACUUACAACGUUUUUACACGGAAACGAGUCGUUUACAACCUUGUUUUACGCUUAAUGGGUCAGAGUUUUUUUAUUGAGAUACAGUGAACCAACACAGUUGGUGCUACAAGAAACAUGAUACAAAUGGUUAACAUUUUGACAGUUUUAGACAACUUUCAGGUUUUCAUAAAAAUUAAAAUACUUUAAGGGGAUAUAGUCACACAUAUCCAUCAGGUUUGCCUUUUUUCUUUUUUGAUCGAAAGUACUUCAUUAUAUGCCUCUUUAAGGUCUCUUAUCGCUACUUCUUGUACUAAUUUCUUGCGUCCCUUCAACAAGUAAGUAAAGCAUGGUUGAAGUGUGUCGUGGGACUUUCUUACUCGUAAAGUAUUCACAUCAUCUGCGGUCAUUUGUAACCACAUUAUUUGGGUGAUUUUACAUGAAAGAUCUUUAUAUAUAACAUUUUCCGCUGCCUGAAAAUCCUUAAAAAAAGAUUGAUGCAUGAAGAUCACUUUAAAUGGAUUGGAUAUCUUCGACUUAGCGACAACAUCAGCCCACUGUAAAAGAACAGAUACUUUAUAAUUUUUUUUUGUCGUUCUAUGAGAACAAAGUCUCUAUCACACGGCAAAAUGCUAUGCCCGCUCGUAAGAAAUUUUAGUUCGACUUACGUAAAGAACUUUUCUAAAACUAGAAGUCGCAGCAUUGUCAGCAUCUUCCAGUUAUUGUUCUGGCCCACGCACCUGUCUGACCAUACAACUACGAGUAGUUUUCUUUCUUCACCUGGUUUGAGACUAUUAUACUUGUUAGUAAUAUAGAAUAGUAGUGCUGAAGCAAUCUCUAUAGACCCCCGGUGUGCCAUUGCUUCAUGCCAUAGUAACAUUGUUGCAUUUUCCUCCCCCAUAUUAUGAACAGCAUAGUUAUAUGUUGAGAAUUGCCUUUGGUAGAAUACAGAUGAAUGUGUUAAAUUGGGAUAAAAAAGCACUUUUUGCAGAUCUGUGCACAACACAACAUAAUUGGGAUUGAGUUUAGAGGUCUCGGUAUCAUCUUUUAAUGUUUUAUAACCCGCUUCAGCUUUUCUAUGGUAAAUCUCACUCUCGAUUUCUAUUUUUUUAUUUUUAUUAGCGUCAUCAUACGAACACAGAUCUUGGUAGACCAAAUCGCAGAUUGAACUUGCUCUUGAAAAUGUCGUGAUAAACCCUCAAGGAAAUAUUAUUUGCAUCAGGGUAUUUCUCCUUAAAAAGUCUGAACAUUUUUGAGAUAUUUAGAUCAGCUGGAAGGCAUUGUUUGACGAUUGAGAUGUUUUCCACGUUGAUCUUGAAGGUUAUUCAUGUUCGAUUUAAGUUUACCAAUACGCCACUGUUAUCUUCUAGGCGUAAUUGAGAAUAUACAACAAACUGUUCCUCUACAUACUUGACUGCCAUUAAUACUGUACUUUACAGUGGAUUGUCUACGAGAUAUCUUUCUCAACUCUACUAUGUUUUGGUUCUUGGAGGGAUAUGAUUUGCGACAGAUAUUGCGACUGACCAUCAUAAUCAAGCUUCCUAAAUUUCUGAAACAGUCUCACAUAACUUCAACGAGCAAAUCGGCGUUACAUCCUCUGGGGGUUUGAGGACAUUUGCAGACACGGUUCUAAAAAAAUGCACACAUUACACGAUAUCCUAUACUGUCAUGAUGGUCACAGGCCCAAGCCAUGAGUGAAAAUGAGAAGAAUAUGUCGGUGGCCACCCUGCAUAUUGUGUAUUAAACACGUUACACAAAAAACGGUCAAUAUUUUUUUUUCCACCAUGAAAGAUUGGAUCAUGUGCAUCGUCUGUGGACACUUUUAACUGUUAAUAAAUCUUACCUCUGGCUUAACGUCGCUUUAGGUACGUUUCUCGAUGAAAUGUAAGCUUCUCCUGCAUCCCUCUGAUGUUUUCUUGCAGUCUGUUUCCAGGUGUCAAUUGUUAGCUUUCGUUUUUUACCUCUGUUUAUAUGACUGAUAAUAGGCUCUGAUAAACUAACGUUCAUCUUGCAGAAACCACGUGGGCUGUGAUAGUUUCAAAAACAAACUUACUGACACCUGUCAGCGCGUGCACAUACAACGUUGUUACGUGGAUAUCAAGAUUCGCUGAAUCAUUUAGACGUUUCUACACCGACUAAAUUUGUGAUUCUCAGCCUGAAAAAGGGGGAGGUUACGCGAAUGGAUACAUAGAUCCUUGUUUUAUAGAAAUCCCACUUUUGAUCAAACUGUCGGUUAGAACGUUGUUCCGGCAUACCCUUCAAUUAAUGAAUUUCAUGAAUGAUUUUGAGAAUGAUAUUCUCACAGUACUUCACCCAAACAUAGAGGAAAAAUCUAAUGGCGUUUUGUUGUUACCACUACUCUGAUCACUACAGGUGGCAGUGAAUAAUAAUAUUUUGGCAAUAAUAUGUAUAUUCAAUCGAUCAAACCCUAUGAAAACUUAUAAUUUCAUUAAGGAACAUAAAAAUGCAUUUUUUAAGUGUAUGUUACAAUUAAAAAAUAUAGAAUAUCAUAAUAAAGUGAUUUUCCGAUCUAUGGCUACUUGAUAAAGUCAUAUAAAUGUAAGCCAAUAAAAUCGUAUAAAUUAUCCAUUAUCAACGUUUUAGGGUCGCUAAUUGUUAAACAAAACAAAAAUUAUUAAUAGAUGCGAUUAUACUCUAUUUCACGAGUAUCCAUCAGCAGGUGUUAGUCUGCAACAUUGGCAAUAAUUAAUCGGGUAUUAAUCUAGUAAAACUUGUUUGUGGCGUUUUAUUUUUUUAUGCAAAUGAACUUUUCUAAAUACAAGAGCUGUUAGCAAGUACAAAAUGAAUCUGUAGCAUACCAAAAACCAAAACAAAAUACGGCUCUAUCUACCUGGCGUUGGCGGAUCCGUCACAAUUAUGUCCUGUGUCGAUAUGGAGAAUUUUCAAGUAUUACUAGAUAACCAGCUGUCAUUCAACCGUGGUGAAUACUCGUGAAAAUAUGGUAUAUGCAACCAUCCUUGUCAGGUCGAUUAAUUGAAUAUAUUUAUUUGUUUAUUGGUGUGGAUAGUGUUGGGAUGCAAAUAGUUUCGAUCUUCUUUGCAAUUAUUUUGCAAGAAGUAGUGAAUAAACUAAUAUAAAACGGCUUUAAUAGCAUACAAAUUGAAUUGGUUUCAAACUAAAGUCUGUACUACUUCCUAGAAUUCAGUUUUAUUAUUUGUUUAUUCAAAGAUUUAUUUGUUGGGGUUAAUCUGAAUUAUAGUACAAAGGACUAGAAAGGGUAAACAUGUAUUCUGAGUCUGUUUCGCCAUCUUUGCUCUUUAGUUUUGUGAAUGCAGCCAUUAUCAAACUCGAGUAUCUUAGUAACACAGCUCUAAUAGCACCUAGAAAUUCAGUGCAAGAUGGUGAAAUACGUUCGAAUGGCUUCAACUUUAUGCUGUAAAACAUUAUAUACUAUGUUAUUUACUAAACAUGAACAGGUACUGGUGUUAUAGAAAAAUAUAUAUUGGCUCUGUUGUGAUGUCGAAUCUGAAUAUCCACAGCAGCAUUUAACAAUCUGAGGAAACCUUUCAAACGGUUCAUAUCCAGAUUUUAAAAUACCCAGAAUGCCGGCUUCAUUUACCAUAUUCUUAUAUGCUAAAGUAUUUUUUAGAUUUAAGUUUAUUUUAUGUAUAUGAGAAAUCGUUAUUUAGUUCCUUUAAGGACUGUACAGAAUGUGAUGAUGAAUUUUUCUGAAGAUUAUGUUGUCAAACAAUUUAAUUGUGAAGUUUCACAGUCUCAUAUGCUGUAUUUUGUGUUGAUCGAAAUAUUUGAUCGGGUACUCAUUAAAUGAAUCUCAGAGAUACAUGUUUUAAUCAAAAUGCAAUAAUUUAUGGAAUAUGUUGAUUUUAAAUCCCAUUCCAAAAUAUUUAUACAUUCCUUUUUUACCGUUAAUGUGAAUAUUAAUAUUUUAGUAGUAGCGUAGAGUGGAUGUAAAAGAUGAAUAUUUAUAUGGGCAGUAUUAUUUUUCGUUGAAUACAUUAUGC